CCGUGAGCGCAAGAAGCGAGCCGACCGUUUUUUUUUAAACAUGGCGAGGCGUCAAGCUCACGUUGCGUCCGUUGUCGACGCCGGCGACGAAAACUCCAGACCCUUCGGGGCUGCCCCUUCCAAGAGGUCCGAGAACCCCGACAGCAAGAUGCAGACCCAGGCUUUGACCAAGAGGCCGGCGCUGACCAAUUUGCAGCCCGAUUUGGUGGUGGGCGGUGGCAAGCAGGCCGGGCCCACGAAGCGUGAUUUGGUUCGACAGGAAUCCAACGCCCGGCGGUCGGCCAGACUGAGCUGCAGAGGAUCCAGUUUGUGCCCUGCUCCACCGAGCUUCGAGAUCUACGCAGAGUCAUCUCGCGCACGGGGGUCGCAAGUCGACGUCAAGGCGGCUGUCCUCGCCGUUGCUCCCGACGAGGACGGCGAGAAGGCUCCGCAUUCGGAUGAUCGGGGAGCGUCCGGCGAUGUCUGCUCAGACUCUCCAGACUGUGGAAUGGAGUGCGAGGCCGCGGACUCCCUCAUGGUCCUGGACGCGUCCCUGCACACCCUGGAGCCCAUGUCCUACAUGGAGAUCCGGGACCUGGAGGCCAGCUCGGAGUACGCCCAGGACAUCUACACCCACCUCAGGCAGCAGGAGGAGAAGCUGACCCUGAAGCCGACGUACAUGAGCAGGCAGCCGGACAUCACGUCCUCGAUGCGCGCCAUCCUCGUCGACUGGCUGGUGGAGGUUGCCGAGGAGUAUCGCCUGCACCCGGAGACGCUCUUCCUCGGCGUCUCCUACGUGGACCGCUUCCUCUCCGCCAUGUCGGUGAUCCGCAACGAACUGCAGCUCGUCGGCACAGCCGCCCUCUACAUCGCUGCGAAGUUUGAGGAGAUCUACCCGCCGAAGGUGUCGGAGUUUGUCUUCAUCACGGACGACACGUACACGAAGCAACAGGUGCUCCGGAUGGAACAGCUCGUGCUCAAGGUGCUCUCGUUCGACAUGGCGGCCCCCACCAUCUACUGCUUCCUGCUCCGCUUCGCGGAAGUCGGCAAGGCCCCGGACACCAUCAAGCACCUGGCUCACUAUCUGUGCGAGCUGACGUUCCUGGAGGACGACCCGUACCUUCAGUACCUGCCCAGCAUCGUUGCCGGUGCGUCCUUGUGCCUGGCAAACCACACACUCAACCGAUACCCGUGGUCCUCGGACCUGGUCCUCUACUCUGGCUAUAACGUGGAGGACUUCAAGGAGUGCAUCCACAGCCUGCACAGCAGCUUCUGCAAUGCUGGCACACAAGCACAGCAGGCCAUCCAGAAGAAGUUCAUGUCCUUCAAGUUUCACUACGUCGCGAAUCAGAAGCCUGCGUCCACGCUGCCCUUCUAGCGGACGACUCCGCGUCACCACCACUGCCGCUCAAACUCAAUACGAACAAGUUUUUUUAAUUGCAUGUGAGACAAUGCAUGCUGCACUGCAUGUACCGCUCAACCUCAACGCGAACAAGUUUUUUUAAUUGCCUGUGGGACUGCAUGUGUACAUCGAUGGUCGAAGUGUGCAAUCUCAUGUCUUGUGCGAUUGUGAAAAGAAUGAAAGUCGCCACUGCUGUUGCAAGAUUUUAAA